AUGUACGAUGCUGAUGGCAGGCCAAUGCGAGAUGAAAAUGGAAAGAUUAGAAUGAUUUCAGCCAAGGUCAGACAAAGAGGAACACCGGCCGGAAGGGAAGAAGCUUUACCAUACACCCUCGUGCAAAAGCAUCCAGAAAGAGCCAUGAGGUAUCCUUGGGUGUCAGAGCAACACAAGGUUGAAGCACGGAGACUAGCGGCCGAGAUGACAGAUCUAGAGCGAGAAAUCUUCAAUUCGCAGAGAGUGCAGCAGUUGAGAAAGGACGAAUUAGCAAGUGGCGUAGCUCAGGGUAGACAAGAAUCCGCCAACGAGUCCAUGGAUGAAUCCAGCAAUUACGAGGGCUCAUCUACAACAUCAAGCCCUCAAUUUACCCCACGAUCUUCCCCUUGA